GCGCGCUCGCAGCUCCUCGCUCUCUGCGCCCGCCCUCCCGCUCCCUUGCUUGCUCGCGCUUUCCUCGCGGACCGAAGAGACUCUAGCUACAGCUUGUGGCUGGAAGGGAGACGGAGGCCGCAGCUCAGGGAAAGUGAAGCUGCAGUAGUGGUGGUAGGAAGAUGUCGGGCGAAGACGAGCAGCAGGAGCAAACUAUCGCCGAGGACCUGGUCGUGACCAAGUAUAAGAUGGGGGGCGACAUCGCCAACCGGGUUCUCCGAUCUUUGGUGGAAGCUUCCAGCUCAGGCGUGUCCGUACUGAGCCUGUGUGAGAAAGGCGAUGCCAUGAUAAUGGACGAGACAGGGAAAAUCUUCAAGAAGGAAAAAGAGAUGAAAAAAGGUAUUGCCUUUCCUACCAGCAUUUCCGUAAAUAACUGUGUAUGUCACUUCUCCCCUUUGAAGAGUGAUCAGGACUAUAUACUCAAGGAAGGUGACUUGGUAAAAAUUGACCUUGGGGUCCAUGUGGAUGGCUUCAUUGCUAAUGUGGCUCACACUUUCGUCAUCGGUGUAGCUCAGGGCACCCAGGUGACAGGCCGGAAAGCAGAUGUCAUUAAGGCAGCUCAUCUUUGUGCCGAAGCUGCCUUGAGACUGGUCAAACCCGGAAACCAGAACACACAAGUAACAGAAGCCUGGAACAAAGUUGCUCACUCAUUUAAUUGCACACCAAUUGAAGGUAUGCUGUCACACCAGUUGAAGCAGCACGUCAUCGAUGGAGAGAAAACCAUCAUACAGAACCCUACAGACCAGCAGAAGAAGGACCAUGAAAAGGCUGAGUUUGAGGUACAUGAAGUUUAUGCUGUGGAUGUCCUUGUCAGCUCAGGAGAAGGCAAGGCCAAAGAUGCAGGACAGAGAACCACCAUUUACAAACGAGACCCCUCUAAGCAAUAUGGCCUGAAAAUGAAAACUUCACGUGCCUUUUUCAGUGAGGUGGAAAGGCGUUUUGAUGCCAUGCCGUUUACUUUAAGAGCAUUUGAAGAUGAGAAGAAGGCUCGAAUGGGUGUAGUGGAGUGUGCCAAACAUGAGUUACUGCAGCCAUUUAAUGUUCUCUAUGAGAAGGAGGGUGAAUUUGUUGCCCAGUUUAAAUUUACAGUCCUACUCAUGCCCAACGGCCCCAUGCGGAUAACCAGUGGUCCCUUUGAGCCUGACCUCUACAAGUCUGAGAUGGAAGUCCAGGAUGCAGAGCUAAAGGCACUUCUCCAGAGUUCUGCAAGUCGAAAAACCCAGAAAAAGAAGAAAAAGAAGGCCUCCAAGACCGCAGAGAAUGCCACCAGUGGAGAAACAUUGGAAGAGAAUGAGGCUGGGGACUGAGGUGGGUCCCAUAUCCCCAGCUUGUCACUCCUGCCUCGUCCCCUUCCCACCGCACCCCAGGCUCUGAAGUGCAGUUGUCUUCUACACCCAAGACCACCAGCAGAGCGAGCGGGGCCCACAUCCCAGACAUCCCAGUUCCCACACCCACUCACCCACCCACUCUUUCCAACAACAAACCAGCUCCAAUUGACUCUGGUCUUGGGAGGCCAGGCCUCCCGGCCCGCCAUUGAAGACUACUUUCAGUAGAAAAAGAAAUUUGAAUAAUAAAAUCAGGAGUCAAAACCCA